AAGCAGAAGCACCGCCCUGCUCCGUUCGAGGACGCGCCGCCAGUCAACCUCAAGCUCAUGAACAACAGCGAGCGAGGCAAGUACUACCGGCAGCGACGCAAGCUCUACGGCGCGCACAUCGAGCGGUGCGUGGCUGACCUCCGCGAGGAGAUCGCGGCGCUAACAGUCACGCGCCAAGUCCAGCGGGAGCUGGCGUUAUCGCAGCAACGAACGCCUUUGGGAGCAGCCGCGCAUAUUGUUAGCGAGUACUGUUCCAUGUUCAGCCGCGGCACGCCCGUCCGUCUGGCCGUCAACGAGCAGGACGCGACGGCGUCGCUCGUGGCGCAGUCCACCAGCGCGCAGCGCGGCUUCCUGCGCGCCGUCAUGACCGAGGACGUCCGCUUCGGCGAGUACCUGGGGAUCGACCUGGUCUUGGCCCAAUGGGAGCGCUACUCGCUCUUCCACGCCGCCAUCGAGUGGACGAUGAAGUCUCUGGACGUGAUCCAGCUAGCGGAGCCGCGGGAGGUGACCGCGGACAAUCGAUACGACGACGGACCGCUAGUGGUCGCCAUUGCCGCCACCCUGCGCGUGCGCUUCUCGCGCCGCACCAUCGAGGAGGUGUUCCCGCACCUGGUGGGCGACGAAGCGCUGACGCAGGCGCUCAUCGGCCUGGAGGUGACGUAUCCGAGCAACAACCAAUUCCACUUUGACCGCAACGGCAAGAUCGAGUGGUACGCGGUGGAGGCCGACUACGCGGGCGCGCUCCUGGCUGCACUCAAGGACCCGCUGCUGGUGGCUCGCAUCAUGGGCGAAGCGGUGAUCGUCAGGGGCCACAUGAUCGGCGACGAGGAUGACGGCCGCCAGCUGGCCCCCGUGGACGAAGAGGAGACCCGAGUAGCCAGCAGCCCUGCGCCGAGUGAAGGCUCGCUUGAUGAGCCGCUGGACAAGGGUCGGACUACCAGCAAUUGCAAUAAACACACCCACACGCCCCCAGCGAGCGAUGAGGAGCCAUCGCCGGAAUCUUCACCAAGCCGGCUGGACCUCGACUUCAUCCUG